AUGGCCUCAUCCCCUCUACGACGCCGCCGCAUCGUCGGAGUCUCCACAAAGAUGUAUUUCUCCGCCGCCCGAACCAAGCAAUACGUCGACGAGCUGCUGCAAAUCCUCUCUUCCGCUUCGAACACAGACUUGCUAAGCACCAUUGAUAUCUUUAUAAUACCAGACCACAUAACUCUAGCCUCCACGAUUGCCCAACUCAAUAAUUCUCCACUCCCCAUCCUCCCUGGCGCACAAGAUGCUUUCUAUGAGGAUACUGGCGCUUAUACUGGCGAAGUAUCACCCGCCGUCCUCGAGGAAGUUGGGUGUCGUAUUGUGGAACUAGGGCACGCGGAACGUAGACGUAUCUUCGGCGAGACGGAUGGCGAUACCGCGCGCAAAGCCGCCGCCGCCGUGCGGAACGGUAUGAUUCCCUUAAUCUGCGUCGGAGAGCGUUCCAAAGCAGAUGGCCAAGCCGGAGUUAAAGUCGCCGUCGGCGAGUGCAAGACGCAAGUCGAAGCGGUCCUAUCAAUCCUCCCCAGCACUGCCGAAGUAAUCCUAGCCUACGAGCCCCUCUGGGCCAUCGGCGCCGCCGAGCCCGCAGGCCCGGAGCACGUGGUUACCGUUACGCGAGCACUACGGAAUCUAAAUUGCGUGCGGAACAGGGAGGGGAACACGAGGAUCCUGUACGGGGGGAGUGCCGGACCAGGCCUUUUUGCGCGGCUGAAGGAUGGGGUGGACGGUCUGUUUCUCGGGCGGUUUGCGCACGACCCAGCACAGUUCUAUAAGACAAUCGUGGAAGUGGCUACGGCAUAA